UUGAGGAGUGAAAAGAAAAGUGAAAACAAAAAACGAAACGAAAUGUCGCUGUCUAAAUCGCUAGAAAAUGAGAUUCCACACCGGAGGGGGGGGGGGGGGUUUAUAUGUACAGCCAUUUGACUGAUGAGAAUUCAUCUCGGGAGAGAUUUUAUUUUGGGAGUUAAGGGGGUGUGUUUGGGUUAGGUUUUUCUUUUGUCGCCAGAUACGUAUAAUAAAUACGGCGACAAAAUAACAGACGGUGAUUGGAUUCACGCGGGAGGAUCACCGGGAAAAAAGUAAAUGGGGAUAAUGUUGGGUGUAAAAAAUAGAAUUGAAAAAAAAAGGGCGUUCACACGAUAUGAGUGGCAAGCAGAGCGUCGGCGUCGCGGCGGUGGGGGCCAGCCAGCACACAGCGCGCACACACACAACACAGCACAGCACAGAGUGCGUGGUGUGGCCGGCAGCACAAAAGCCAGCGGGAAGAUACGCUCCGAUCACCAGUUGGUCGGCGGAUGGCGAGACGGUCGCAACUUAAAAUUUUUCUCCGCCGUUCGAAUAAUCAAAAAAAUCCGCCAGCACUUUUCUCAUUUCUGUUUGUGUUGACUCUGACUGGACUGGCCUGUUUCCCCUCAAAUAUCCGCUCUGACAUUUCGGGCCCAUUUAUAUUGUGCAGCGUGUCAUGUGAUGGAUACAUAGCGCGUGUGAACUGAACCCACCCGUCGAUGAUGGAUUGACAAAAUCAUCUCGCAAUUUCUUCUUCUUCUUCCGAGAAGGCGAAACGAAAUAUAAACUGCUGCUGCUGCUGUGGAAAGUGGUUUUUCCCGAGCGAUAUCUUUUCUGAUUCAUCUCCUUCUUUUGACUCUUUCCGAUUUGCGGGAUCGACUACGAGGAAAUCUUAUCGCUCCCCCAGGAAGGGGAAACGAGCCACCGGCCACAGGCAUCAUGGAUCAUUGGGCAAUAUCUCUGAUGCUGCUGCUGCUGGCCGUCGUUGCAUUUACCGCAAUGUCGGCAUCGGAGCUCAUGUCGAUGGAAGACGAUAAUGUCGGACAUCUUUUCGACCUCGAUGCCCAUUCAGACGAGAUGGCCUGCUACUAUUGCAUCAACGUGACUAGCAACGAAAUUUGCAACCGCUACGCCAUCGAACGGCCCUGCCCAACAGAUUUGACCGUCUGCCACACACAUCACGUGAUGGACGACCGGGGCAAAACGCUGGCAGUCACCAAAACGUGCGCCACACCGCGGACAUGUUUCUCGCAGGUCGGAUGCCGUCGCGAUAAGACAACCAAUCAAACGGUAUGCGUGAAUUGCUGCGAUUUGAGCUACUGCAACGAAGAGGUGGCGUUCAACGUGAGCGCCGCCGUUUUCCAUCGCUCAAACGACGACGGGACAGCGGCUUUUUCAUCUGCCACUCACGGACUUAUUGGAUGCAACUGGACGACGACGGCCAUCGUCAUUCUCGGCUUACUCACCUUCCUGUCGGCUUCGACGACAAUUUGAAAACAAGAAAAAGGAUCGCCGAUCGUGUUGCCAAAUUUCCCGACAAGCCAAAAUGCCAUAUCAGGACGUUUGAAAAAUAAUCUGAAAAAAAAAAACCAGCGGGAAAUUUCAAAUUUGUUUUUCCAUUAUUUUUGUUACAUCGGGAGGGAAAAUAAUAAAAUAUUGAAGCUUUCACUGUCGGGCGGUUUAUAUCUUCCCUCAACUUUUGCAAGAGAAAAAUAAAAACAAAAAAAUAAAAUAAAAAAGGGGAAAACUGUUGAAGGAUCGUGGACCCCCUCCGCCGACACGAUAAGACCCUAGCGGCACUCGUCGUGCCUUAUCACCCGUCGUGCAGUUAUAACACGGCAGACAAAUGUCAAGAAAAAUAAAAAAAAUAAAACAGAAAAUAGAAAAACAAAAAAGAAACAAAACGUCGAGCUACUGGGUACAAACCAUAUAUUAUACAAGUGUUUGAUGAGGCGCGAGAUUUGAACACGCUUCAAGACCCCACUCUUCCUCCUUCGUCUAUAUUCUCUCUACCCCCCUCCACCCCCUUUUAUUUUCUCUCACUCUCACAAACAGUCACCUCACGCUUCAGCAGCCACUUGAGUUGAUCUCAAGUUUUCUCGUACCCCCCACACAGCCGCCUGUCGUUGGCCACGCCCUUUGUAUACUUUAUUAUAUCGCUCCUUCAUCAUCCCGCCAAUGUGACGCUAUUCAUUUUCACGCCUAUAGCAGCUGCAAAAGUGCUCCUGACGACGGCACUCGCAAUUGAAUUCACUUCCACUCAUGUAAAUCUACAGGAGAAAGAGAAGAAAAAAUGGGAAAUUGUUCCGUCACUUACCUUUGAUUACACAUACACACACACACACACACAUACCGUGAAAGAAGAAUUGUUUGCCACUCCUGUUUCACUGAUCUGGACAUCGCAACACACUCAAAGGAACCGGAAAAUGUCGGGAGAGAGAAAUACAAAAAAGGCCGGGAUCGAUAAACUACACUUUGAUUUCUUUUCAAUUCAAUUUUGGGAAAAUCCCAUCAGGAAUGGAAAAGGAGGUCCCGGAGGACGGACGGUCAAAUGUCAAACCAAAUACUAAAAAAAAAGAAAGAAAAGGAACGAAAUAAAAAACGAUCGAAUUUUCCCUCCCGAGCUCAUGUCUGACACAAAACACACACAACUGUGGCGGCCCGGCAACCAAUGAAACUCAUCGUGAUUGGUUUGUGUGUGUGUUCCUCCCUCGAGAGAUUGUUUUUAUUUCUCUUCCCCCCCCCCCCCCCCGACAUUGAAAGUGAAUUGCGCAAGCAUCAAAUAUUUAACAUUUGCCAAUCGGGGAAGAGACAUCCAUUUU